GAAUCAUUCUCUUUUAUAGGUAUUGAACCCAAAUAUAUCUGCUUCCAUCUCUAAUACAAAUAUUCAGUUGAAUCUCACUACCUUUUUCAUAGUAAAUAUAGAUUGAAUUGUAUGAUGGCAAAUCCUAAAAGUUGUUUCUACAACCAUAAAUGUUUGAUUUACUAAAUAAGAUCCUAAUUGCAGUUCAUAAAAUCUUAGUGUUGGAAGGAAUCUUAAGGGUCAUUUUAGUCCUGCACUUAUUUCAGGAACCAAUUCUAUACCAUUCUUGCUAAAUCAUUCUUGGCAAUAUUGAUAGUAUGGAAAAGUCCUGGAACUAAAGACAGAAGACCUGUGUUCUAAUGCCCACAUUAUCUACUACCUAUACUUUUGUGGCAUUUGGCUAGUUAUUUAGCAUCUUUGGGGUCUCAUCAUUCUUUAUUAAUAAGAUGAGGAAUAUGGACUAAAUGAUCUCUUAGGUCCCUGUGCUAUUUCUAAACCCAAUGAAAUUAUCAGACACUCCAUUCUAAUUUUUACAUGAUUGAUCUUCCAAGCAUUGAAUGGAAAUCUGCUUCUCCAUAACUUCUCCCUUUAAUCCAUAGCUGUACUUUGUAUGGCUGCUGUUCAGGUAUUUGAAGUCAGCUGCCAUAUUCCAUCUUAGCUGCUUUUCACGAGACUGUGCAUCCCCAAUUUCUAAUGUUUUGAAUUUAUCCUUAAAAUAAUGCUCAAAACUGAACAGUAUUUCAUUUAUGUGCAUUGGAAUUAUUUCCCCUUAUUACAGUAAUAAUGUGUGAUGUAAGGCUUUACAUCCUUUAAGUCAUUUGAUGCUAAUAAUAAUGUUGUCCAGUAAAUAGUACAAAUACUGUUAUUCCCAUUUCAGACCCUUCUUUGAAUGCAGUAGGAGGUUGGGGGAUUUUUUUGGAAGUAGAGAGGGUGGAGGUUGGCAAGGUCUGUUUGUUCUUGUUGAGCUUGUUCCACAUGAAUUGUUGCUGGUAAGCCAAGUUUAGCCCCAGCCAGAAUCAGUGCAAUUAAUUUUUUAACCUAAGUAUAACAGUUAACAUUUUAUCUCUCUUAUCUUACUUAACUUACCUCAGUUACACUUGAGACAGGGACCACCUAUUUUCAUCUUUGUAUCUGAUGGCUUGAAAGUCUUUUACACAGUACAUGCUUAAUAGAUGUUGCAUUUUAAAAUACCAAUGUUGGCCCUAAAGAAAAGAUGGGAAAAUGAAAUUCUCUCCUUUUAUGGAAGUGGUAGACAUGGGUAUGGAACAUUAAAUAUACUUGUCAAACUCUUUGAUUAGUUUUGUUGAGCUAAUUUUUCUUCCUUUUUUUUCUGUUAUGUGAGAUGGCUUUCUGGAUAGGAAGAAGGAUAUAUUUGGAAAUGAAGAUGGUGUUAAAGUGAAAUAUAUCCAUAAUUUUAAAAGACUGAUAUUUUCAAACAACUUAGCUAUCUUACCUAGCUUUGUGUAAUCCACAAAUUUACUCUUGAGCUCUGCCACUAGACUUGCUCAAGGUUGCAUAACAAGUAGGAUCUAAGAUGGAACUGGAUAAGAUGAUCUCGAAGUCCCCUUCUAAUUCUAAUUGUGUCAAGUAUUACUAUUUUUAAAACAUUGUUUCUAUAUAAUACAUAAUGAGAUUGCUUACAACAUUUAAGUUAACGUUGAAAUAGCCAUUGUAUCAUUACAAAUUAAUUUGAGAAAUGAGUGACCACUAUUAAGGAAAUUUUGUAUGGUGUUUAAUAUAAAUUUUUCAAAAAUAGUUUGCCUGAAAUUAGUCUAUUUUCUUUUGUUGCCUUAUUAUUAAUUUUAAACUUCAUUCCUCUUAUAAUUACAUUACUAUCAUUCUCUUUAUCUAUUCUCUUUGUUCCCUAUCAUUAUUUUUAGUAUUCUCAAGAUAUUUUACUUUACUUAUUUUUCAAAAAUCAAAACUAUGAAGGGUAAUUAUUAUUAUUAUUAUUAUUAUUAUUAAUGCAAGAUUGACGCCUUCUCUUCAACUUAAAACCUGCAAGUUGCCUUUGGCACUGAGAGUUUGGAGGUUAGACUUGCCCCAGGGUCACACAGAGGAGGUCUCAAAUCAACUAUCAGCUUUAUCACCUGCCUCUUUACAAGGUUCAUCAUCCUAAAUUCUAUCAGUAAAAUUUGAAAUACGGUUUUGCAUUUUAAAAAAUUGUUUUGUUAUAAUUGUUGGAUUUCUAUCAUUCCAUAACUGCCUGUAGGGGCAAAGCAGCUUUUAAGUUAGGCGUUAUUUUCCCUUUAGUAAGAGAUUAGAUUUUUCCUUUUUGUACCAGUGCCUUAUCAUGUUUGAAAAUAGCAUGAUAACUUUUCAUAUAUUUUGGUACAGGGGAAAGAUCACUGACACUGAAGUUGGAGAAACCUGGGUUUGAAUGCUGACUUUGCCACUUAUUACUUAUUUGACCUUGGACAAGUCACUUACCCUGCCUCGGCUUCAUUUUUCUCAGUAGUUUGGACUGGCUUCUUGAGUCCCUUCCUGCUUUAGAUCUAUGGUCUUUUUUAUACAUGCCUUUUCACAGUUCACUUUUAAAAAUGAAGAUACUCAUAGAAAAGUGCAAAAACCACAGUGGUAUUCCUGAACUAUAUAUAGUACAUCAGUAACUUCUGGAGUGAGGAAAAAAUAGCAGUACUCAUAGGUCCUCUUCCUUGGCAUUACUGUUUGGGUUAACACUAUUAGCCUGUAGUUGUCCACUUUAGAAGGUGCCUGGUAGGAGAAUUUAAAGUAAAACCCUGGCUUUUAAUAAGGUAAAUUGCUUUCAAGAGAAAUCACCUUACAUUUUCAUGAAAUGUAUUAUUUAGCCAUGGCAUAUGAAAGGUUUGUUUGGAGAGCAGGAACCUUUAUUUUUUAAAAAUCUGCUCACAUAACCUCAUCAUUUUUCUCCCCCAAAGAAAUUGAUGGCCAAUUUAAGGAUUUUGUGGGGAAUUAGAUAGAACAUAAUUUUGGCAUUAUCAAGAUUAUCAUGUUUAUAGACUAAUUUUAUUUCUCCUUGCUAAGUUUAUUCAUUUCAGUUGUUUUUUUUUUUCAUUUAUUAGAUAUAUGGCAGACAUUGGGGUAGGUGAUGGGAUUAGAAAAACUAGAAUGAAAACAGUCUCUAUUCUCAAUGUCCUUACAUUCUAUUGCACUAUGUAUACAAAUAAUAAAAUGUAAAACAAAUGAAACAAAUACAAAGUAAUUUGGGGAGGAAGAGAAUUGAUAACUGGAAGAUUAGGCAGAACUUUCAGGGCAAUACAUGGUUCUUUAGCUGAGCCUUGAACUGAGCUAGGGAAGGGAGUAGAGGAAGAGGGAAAAAAAAUUCUAUAAUGGUUUUAUAUAUGUGUAUAUAUAUAGAUAGAUACAGAUGUUUAUAUAUUUAGUCUAUAUGGUUAUAUAGCCAGGCACUGUGCUAACCACUUUUUACAAAUAUUAUCUCAUUUAAUCCUCACAAACAAUCUUGGGAGGUAGGUGCUAUUAUUAUCCCCUUUUUAUUGUUGAAGAAACUGAGGCAGACUGAAUAAGUGAUGCCCAGGGUCCGGGUCCCCAUCCCACAGUAUUUUGAGAUCAGAUCAGAUCUCAGGUCUUCCUGACUCCAGGUACAGCGCUCUGUGCACUCUGGUGCCUCCUAGCUGCCAAGCAUCUUGAAUUGAAUGAACAUUUUCAGCAUUGGCUGUGCAAAGGCCUAGAAGUUGGAGAUGGCUGGAAAAAUAAUCUGAAAUAAGUCUGAAAAGCUAAGUUGAAGCCAGUCUGUGAAAUUCAUAUGACAAUCAGAUUUCCUCUGACAAAAAGGAAUAUUUUUGCUAUUAUGGACCAGUAUGGAGAUAUAUCAGAUGGUGAAGUAGACCAUUCGUUCUUUGAUAGUGAUUUUGAUGGAGAAGAAAAGAAAUGUGGAAGCACUUUUUCAGCAGCUGACAAACAGUUUGACAAAUAUGGAAAAAGAGAAGCAGAUGAAGAAAAUUUAGGUUUUAAAUUGGGUAUAAUUAAAAAGGAAGAUCAUCUUAUUGAGAAGAGAAAUGAAAGGAAAGAGAAAAUAACUUCAGAAGAUCACUCCUUAGAAAACUAUACUGUACAGACUGGAAAAUCAUCCUUAUCAAAUUCAGGAUUGAAGAGCAUAAGUAGUACUUCAUCAGGUGGAAAAAUACAUUUAACCAUCCCAACCAGAAUCCCUAAAAUAGUAAGAGAAGGUGAAGAUAAUUACUAUACAGAUGGAGAAGAGAGUAGUGAUGAUGGGAAAAGACAUCAUCAUAUCCGACCCAAGUCAGCUAAACCAUCUAAUAAUUUUAAAAAGUGCACAAGUAAAAAAUAUAACAAAAUCAGUUCUUCUUCCUCCUCUUCAUCUUCUUCCUCCUCCUCCUCUUCAUCUUCCUCUUCUUCUACAAGUACAGAUACAGAUUGUUCAGCUACAGAGUCUGAUAUCUGUCUCUCUGAUUCAAUUCAUUCAAAGAAGAAGUCACCUAGUUUAGCUCUGCUGUCACCAAAACAAAAGUGCAAAUCAGAAAAGUUAACAGAAUCAUCAUCCAAAAGGUCUAAACCAAAACUUGGUGAAUUCACUGAGGAAUCUGAAGAUACUGUGACUGAUGUAACCCCUUUAUCAACUCCAGACAUCAGCCCUAUUCAGUCUUUUGAACUGGCUGCAUCAAAUGAUCAGAAAACAAAAGUUAAAAGGCAAGAAAAUGUGAGCCAAGAAGUAUAUGGAAGUUUUGGAGACUCAAAGUAUAAUUCAAAAUAUCUGAAAUCAGCCAGAGUAAGGAAAGAAAAAAAUGGAGCCAAUCUCAACUCUAAGUCACUCUCAUUAGAAUCCAACUUGGACAACAGAUAUAAACAAAAAGUCUUACACGAUACGCUGGACCUAAAUCAGCUUUUGAAAGCUUUUCUGCAACUAGACAAAAAAGAACAACAAAAAUUUAAUGUUGAUCGACCCUCUCCACUACCCAAGAAAAACUACUCUUUUACAAAGGAGGAGGUAAGACAGAUCGAUCGAGAAAAUCAAAGGUUGUUAAAAGAACUAUCCAAACAGGCUGAAAAACCAAGAGUUAAGAGUACCAUUCCUAGGAAACCUGUUGUUCCACAGCCAAAGUUGUACCACAGUGCUCUCAACAGACAGAAGGAGCAACAAAGGAUUGAGAGAGAGAACUUGGCUUUAUUGAAAAGACUUGAAGCUGUGAAGCCCACUGUUGGUAUGAAACGCACAGAACAGCUGAUGGAUUAUCAUCGCCAUAUGGGCUACCUAAAUACAUCCCCAGUCUCAAGACGAGUGAAGUCUACUCAUGGUCAGAUUAGUCCACUAAGAGGAGCAUCCAGGUCAUCCAGUGCUACGAGUGCUCUCAGUCGUAAGAGUGAAAGAUCACUUUCUGAUGCUUCCAGUGGCCCUCUGCUGAGACCUAAACCCCCUAAUGUUCGUACUGCUUGGUUAUAAGAAAUUUAUUUUAUUUUGAACAUUGUUAUUACCCAGAUUUCUAUUGAAUUGCUCUUGUAGAUUACUGUAAUUCUCUGUGCAAAAGUCUGUAAUCCUAUUUUAAGUGAUUAAAGUAUACAGCAUUAUAUUAAUUUAUUGUAACGAUGCAAAAUUUACUUUACAAAGGACAAUUUCAUGUCAAAUCAGUGUUUCCUGUGUGGAUGUAUUUAUCUGAGAUGUAUGUGUAUAUAUAUAUACACACAUGUAUAUUUAAUACAGGGAUGGUAGUAUACAUGUAAAUUUUCUCACCAUAUUAACAAGUCAUAAUGUCAUGCUGACAGCUUGGUGGUAUUGCAAUACUUUGGACCCAGGAUUUUUAACUAUUUAGUUCUCUUUUUUUCCCAGUAAACUUUAAACCAUGAGCAUACCUCCUAAAUUGAUUUAUUCAGUGGGCUUCAGGACCUAUGUGAGUGGAUUUAUGGCUUGAAUUUUAUAAUUGAAGCACUUUGCUAAGUUGAUGGUUUUCAUUAAGAAAUAUACUGAAAUUUUCUUUUUUUUUCCUUCAGAUGGAGCUGUUAAUUUGGUCUGAAAAUUGUUAGGGUAGAUUGAUGGAAGUGUAUAGUGGGACCACCCCAAUAGUCAACUAUUGAUUCUCUAUAGAUGCCCCAAGUUAGAUCCUGAAACUUUAAUCUAUUCCUCUCCUCAGAACUGUGAACAAACAUCAGAGAGUACAGAGUAUAAAAUCUUCUUCCACAUUUUCACACCAUUUCUAGAUGAAUAGAAAUAUUGUUAAUGAGCGAGUGAAGGGAAGUUUGGAAUUUAACUCUGCUGCUUUAUGGCACUUUUUAAAGACCAAAUUUGCAUCAGCUUUAGUCUUGUGUGACAAGCAAGACAAGCAACAAAGCAAACAUUUUUUGAUUCAGAAUAAGAUGGUACUACAUUUUGAAAGGCUAAGAGGCGGAGCAGGAGGCAUCAAACCAAUCUGUGUUUUAGGAGAUAACAUUAUUAGUAUGUGAUGUUCUUAUUUUCUUAUUUAUUAUUAACUGAAUUAAGGAAGAACUUGGUAAAGGACUCAACAUUUUUUAAUAGUUCUUGAUGUUGCUACUAGUACUGAUAAGGCUAAAAGGAAUAGUGCUCUAAAAGAAAUCCUAAAUAAUCAACAUUUGUUCUUAAAUGUUAGUGCUUUUUUUCCCUUUUUUUUUGUCAUAGCCUGGAGCUAUAAUUUUGCCAAGCUUUUAUUUAAUACUGCAAGUUGUAUUUAACAUUGGUAGUGGACAGUGAGUUUUAAUAUAGGUAUAAGUAAUUGGAAACUUUUUCUGUCCUUAUUUAAAAGCUUUUCUUUCAUAAGAUGAAGUAUAAUGCUGCUGCCAUCAUUAUUACUCUAUUUCUCUACUUGCCUUCUCAGUCUCCCAGCAGAAUGUUUGGAGGAGUUGGGGGGGCAUUUCUAUGUUAAAUGCCAAAUCAUUUUUUGAGAGUUGUGAUCCAUGGCCACAAGAAUAAGGGAGUUGGUUUUUAUUCUCCAGCUUUCGCUCUUGCUGUGCUUUUGAAAUGAACUACAUUUGGUCGACAAGACAGACAAGCUAAUUUCUUCAGCACUCUAGGCAGUAAGCCAAACUAUGUUAUGUUAAACAUUGAUUCUCAGUUUUCUGACUUGUACAUCAGUUCACAUCCUUAGCAUCUAGAACAGUUUGUUUAGUGGGGGGAGGGAGCCAAGGGCAGAGUUUAAACAGUGAUGUGGAAGCAAACUGACUCUGAGAUUAUCCUGCUUCUUCCAUUGCGACUGUAAUGUUCAUUGAAUGCCGCUGCCAUAAUUAUUAAUGUGCUGCUCUGGUAAUUAAACUGUUUUACCAUGCUUUGCUUAUAAAAUGAGAUACAGCUGUAUUUAAUAUUAAGAUCACAUUUUAAACUUGCACUUUUAAUGUUUGUACACCAACUUUCUUGGGGGGGGGGGAAUAAGAGGCUGAAUUUUAACAGCAUGUUGGACAUUCAGUGAUGAAAAUUGUCAGUUUUUGUAUGUUGCUUUUGUAAGUUGUAAUGGGAAGGGAAAUUAAUAUAAAGUUUAUUAUGUUCAUAACUA